AUAAGCUAGAUAGAAAAAGAAAACCCCCAACCCCACUUCCAUUCUUCAUCGAUUACACAAAAAGAAAAGCACUGUUUUUGCUAUUUUACUUAUAGAUUCCCAUCUCCCACCUUCUUAUUUUGUGUUAAUGAAAAAACCUAAACUAAAAUCCAAUUUUGAGAUCCUCUUUUAAUCAUUCCUCUGUCCCAAAUCAACUGUUUAAAACUCACCAUCUUCCUUCUGUUCAAAUCCCUCAAAAACCCUUCUCACUUGAUCCAAACUCUCUCUAAUAUUGAUGUUGCUCUCUUCACGUUAAAUGGAUACUUUGUUUAGACUUGUUAGUCUCCAGUCUGAUCAAUCUUUCAACUCUAGCAGAACCUCAAGUAGCUCCAGAUCCUCCAGACAAAACAACCACAACAAUCACUACCAGCAAGAAGACGAAGAAUGCUUCAACUUUUUCAUGGAUGAAGAAGACUUCUCCUCGUCUUCUUCCAAACACUACUAUCCUUAUCAUCAACCCCACCCUUCUAACACCACCACAACUCCUACCACCACCACUACUAACACUAGCACCCCUACCCAUCAACCUUUUGAACCCACUGACUUCUCUUUCUCUCCUGCUCGUGACCUCAAUUUCGAAUUCUCUUCCCACUGGGCUACCGAUAUUCUCCUCGAAACCGCACGCGCUAUUGCCGAUAAAAACAGUGCUCGCCUUCAGCAAUUGAUGUGGACGCUCAACGAGCUCAGUUCACCCUAUGGCGACACCGACCAAAAACUCGCUUCCUACUUUCUUCAAGCCUUGUUUAGUCGCAUGACGGAUUCUGGCGAACGGUGUUACCGUACUUUAGCUUCGGCUUCGGAAAAAACUUGCUCUUUCGAGUCAACAAGAAAGAUGGUAUUGAAGUUUCAAGAGGUAAGUCCUUGGACUACUUUUGGUCACGUAGCUUGUAAUGGUGCAAUUAUGGAAGCUUUUGAAGGUGAAAACAAAUUACAAAUUAUCGAUAUUAGUAACACAUAUUGCACACAAUGGCCUACUUUACUUGAAGCCCUAGCCACUCGUACGGACGAGACACCGCACCUGAGGCUAACCACUGUUGUGGCUACAAAAUCCACAGGUGGAAAUUCUAGUGGUGGAGGUUUAGCCACUGUGCAAAAAGUAAUGAAAGAAAUAGGUAACAGAAUGGAAAAAUUUGCUAGGCUUAUGGGUGUGCCUUUUAAAUUCAAUGUUAUUCACCAUGUUGGUGAUUUAUGUGACCUAAAUUUAGCUGAACUAGAUAUCAGAAACGAUGAAGCUCUAGCUAUAAAUUGUAUCGGUGCUUUCCAUACGAUCACAGCAGUUGAUAAUCGUAGAGAUAUUCUGAUAUCAAGUUUAAGAAGAUUACAACCGAGGAUAAUCACUGUUGUUGAAGAAGAAGCUGAUCUUGAUGUGGGUAGUGGUGGGGUUGAAUUUGUUAACGGUUUUCAAGAAUGUAUUAGAUGGUUUAGGGUUUACUUUGAGUCGUUAGAUGAAAGUUUCUCAAGAACGAGCAAUGAACGGUUGAUGCUUGAGCGAGCAGCCGGACGUGCGAUGGUGGACCUGGUGGCGUGUCAACCAUCAGAUUCGAUCGAAAGGAGGGAGUUGGCGACGCGCUGGUCGCAACGUCUCCAUGCAGCAGGGUUUAGCCCUAGCAUGUUCAGUGAUGAAGUGUGUGAUGAUGUACGCGCCUUGUUGAGGAGGUACAAGGAAGGGUGGUCAAUGGCACAGUGCCCUGAUGCUGGAAUAUUCUUGUCAUGGAAAGAGCAAAAGGUGGUUUGGGCGAGUACAUGGAGGCCUUAAUUGAAGAUUGACGAAGAAGAAGAAGAAAGAUUGAUGAAGAUGAAGAUGAAUCAGUCGUGUUUAUUUUACUUACAAAGCUUGGAGUUGUGUAGUUGGAGAGUGAUUAAAUUCACACGUGUGACAUGGUUUUUUUUUUCUUUAGCACGUGCAUGCAUGGGGGGGUUGGGGAUUGUUAAGUGUGUUAAUUGAUUAGAAGAACGAUGAUUUGAUUUGAUGAUGAGUAA